AUCUGAUCAGAAACAAAAGAACGAUGAUCAUCCGAACAUUUAUUUUUGCUUUCUUACAACUGUUAAUGAUUGAAUCAGCAGUAGGAGCUCUGGUGAAGCCUGGUUGUAAAGAGUUGUGUGGAAAUGUUCGCAUUCCAUACCCCUUUGGAAUUGGAGCAGAUUGCUCCUUGAACAAAGGGUUUGUAGUCUUCUGCGAUGAAACUUUCAGGCCUCCUGCUACUACCCUAACCAGCAUAGAUAGGGAGGUGCUGGAUAUCUCUCUUGAUCGCAAUGAUCACCAUGUUCGCAUCAAAGUAACAAGCGAAGACGACCGUGAUGAUACAGGAACUGGUAUAGCCGUUGAUUUCAGAGGAUCUCCUUUCAUGUUCUCCAAGAUGAAUGGGAAUUACACCAAGCGAGUGGAAUACUUUCCAGCUGUGCUCGACUGGGCGAUUACUGAUGAGGAAGCAUUACGAUUACCAAAUAGAGAUGGGAAUGCAUUUGCUUGCUACCAGUUUAAUUUCUCGCAGUAUGUUCCAGGGACCAUGCGGUCAGGUCAACAAUGUUUUUGUAGUGAUGGAUAUGAAGGCAGCCCUUAUCUACCUAAUGGAUGUGAAGGUAAACUUCUACAAUUUUCUCUAGAGAGUAGAGAUCGAUGAUGUCCUUUUGUAUCAUUUGACUGAUAUUAAUUAGAAUAUUUGUUUCCCAUACACAGAUUCGUUAACAAGUUUCAUUUGAUAAUUUGAUGAUAGCAGGUGUAGCUGUUGGAAUUUUUUUAUGCCUACAAUAUUUUUUAAUUUUUUGUUGGCACUGUCCCGCUGAUUUUGCUUUUGUUUCUUUGUUUUAGAUAUUGAUGAAUGCAAUGACCCUAGGUACAAUUUCACGUGUCCUGCGGACUCAAUUUGUGUAAAUAAGGUAGGCAGCUACGCUUGCGAACCCAAACAAGGCAAAAAAGCCUGGCCUAUCAUUUGGGGUAAGACCCGUAUUUUCCGAUUUUUUUUUUAAUAUAAAUCAAUUUUAUAA